UAUUGCGACUGGAAAAACAAGUAAAACCACCUACCAAUAAAUGAUAAAACAGGUUUAAAAAAAAAUUUAUUGAAAAUUUUGUCACUAUUAGUGUCGAAAUCAAAUAUGGUGAAUUAUAAUUGCCACCAAAAUGAUGAUAAGAAAAAAAGUGUCAUCAUCGAAACCGAGGUCAUCGCCAUGCCUAUGGGCUAGUUAUUUUUUCGAAAUUAAAUAUAAUUUGUCCCUAUUCACAAGCUGCGAUUUGAUUCAUAUCAACCACAGAUAAACAGAUUUAUAAGGCUGCUUGAACAAGUUUAAAUGGAUUUGUCACCCCGGACAUUACAAUUACAAGUGAGUUUUUUCGCAAACUAGGAUAAUUUCAACGUUGAUUACGGUCAUAUAACAAUCGAAAAAAAAUUCAAUCAGCAGUGAUUUUGAGUGAAAAAAUCGUAAUCAUUUUGAACAAUAAUGAGUGGUCGAUGUCUAUCAUUAUCACAUCUUACCUUCUAUGUGACCAAUGCUAAACAAGCGGCAUUAAAUUGGUGUAUGCAAUAUGGAUUCAAACCAUUUAGAUUUCGUGGUUUAGAAACUGGACAUCGUCAACAAUGUGGACAUGCUGUUCGCAAUAAUGAAAUUGUUCUGGUAUUUGUUUCGCCAUAUGAUGAUACCGAUAAUUCGAUGAAUGCCUACCUAAUUCGACAUGGAAAUUCAAUCAAAGACAUUGCUUUGAAUGUGGAUUGUUUGUCAAGCAUAAGCGAUCGAAUCAAAAAGUUUGGGGUGCCCAUAAGAGAAUGGACCGAAGAGGAUAGUCAUGGACUCGUCAAAUAUGCCCAGGUAUUAGCAUUUGGCGAUACGACACAUACGCUGGUAGAACGCAACAAUUAUCCUGGCACUGAAUUUUUGCCCAAUUGGCGUCAAAACCCAUUGGAAUCACAUCUGACCAAUAGUGUUUGGUGCCAAUUGCCCGAUACCGGUUUGAAACGCAUCGAUCAUUUGGCUAUGAAUCAAUUAAACGGUACCGGUAAACAAGUUGGCCAAUGGUAUAAUCAAAUGUUGAAUUUUAAACGUUUCUGGUCAAACGAUGAUACGAUUAUCAAUACUGAUAGUUCGGGAUUACGUGCAAUUUUCAUGAUCAAUGGUGAUGAUGAAACCGUCAAACUAACCAUUAAUGAACCUAUUUCGGGUUCACAUAAAUCGCAAAUACAAGAAUUUCUUGAUUACCAUCAAGGACCAGGUGUACAGCAUAUUGCUUUUCAUACGGAUGACAUAUGUGAAUCAAUUAUGCAGUUGGAAAAUAGAGGUGUUGAAUUUUUGGACACACCUUACGCAUAUUAUAAAAAUUUAGAACAACGAUUGGCCAAAGAUAAAAUUCAGAUUGACAGAGAUAUUCCUCAAUUAAUCAAACACAACGUUCUGGUCGAUUAUGAUCAUCGUGGACAUCUGUAUCAGAUUUUCACCCGACCAAUACAGGAUAGACCAACAGUAUUCUUGGAAUUGAUUGAACGACAUCAAUUUGGAGGUUUUGGUGCAGGAAACAUAAAAGCAUUGUUCGAAUCGAUUGAAGAGGAACAAAAACAACGAGGCAAUGUAUAA